AACCUGUUUUACCUGUCUUCACCUGCUGCCCUACCAUUUGGCAGCCCGCUGUACCCAGGGCGAGCUUCAACACAGACACAGCUCUGUGGACGUCAAGAGUCGCAACUGUCCUUUUCCAAAUCCGCCCGCAUUACCAGAAGUACAACUUGUGACUGUGAAUCGAUUCGAGAGAGAACACAGGAUUCUGUCUGUCUAUUUGUAUUCCUUCAACAGAAACAGCGAAGUACGAGUAAGAAUGAAAGCCAGCUUUGCAUUUACCUAGCCUAUGUGCUAAUUAGAGUUAAUACCAAACAGAGAAGGGCGGGAGUUGACGAGGAGGAGUAGUAGUAGGAGGAGAUGGAGGAGGGGGUGAUAGAAGCGGACGUCAGCACAGAUGACAUAGAGGCAAUCAUGGAGAACAUGGAGUACAUCCCGGGCUACUUCCACCUGGAGCUCAACCUCAACGGCAACCCGACAGGGCCCGUGGAUUUGCGGCAGCGGGACACCCACCUGAGGCUGGACGGCCUGCGGGCGGAGGUCGAGGCGGAGUCGGGGUACCUGCAGUACGCCAUCCGCAACCUCCUGGGCUUCCUGGCCUUCCACCUUGAGCAGCUGGAGGUUGCAGAGGAAAGGUUCAGAGACAUCUGUAAGGAAGACCCUGGGAACCUCAACGCCUGGGCCAACCUGGGCUACGUCUAUGACAAGCUGGGCCAGGAGGUGGAGGCGGGGGAGUGUGUGGAGAAGGUGUCCCAGCUGAUGGGCCUGGACGGCGGGGAGGCGUGUCAGGAGGAGUCCCGGCUGCUGGCGGCCCGCUGCCUGGCCGAGCAGGCCUACGUCCAGCCCUAUGACGUGGAGCUAGACACUGAGGAGGAGCUGAGAGACCGACUGAGCAUGGCACUAACCCUGUACAACCGGGCCCUGGACUACGCAGGGGAUCUGAUACAACUUGAAGAAAAAAGAAGUUGGUAUUUUAAAAUGGCAACCAUUUACAUCAGGCUAGAUGACAUAGUGAAGACCAAGAAUGAUUCUGAAUAUUCCAGGCUUUCCCACUACAACAAGGGACUUAGGCUUCUGACUGAAGCACUCAAGUCAAAGAAAACACAGCUCAAAGCUCUUUCCUGGUGUUAUAUUGGCAUCAUGCUGGAAAAGAAGGAGGAGUUCUCCACGGUGCCCAUGUCUAUACAUGACUGUGGUCUCUCCGGCUCAGACCCCCUGUCCUGCCACGGAACCGCCAUAAAGCUGGCCAGCGACAAUGCGUUCGUCCUGAACCUCCUUGCCAAGCUGUUUUUCGUGCUGGGGAAACAGGAGAUGUCCAUGGGGAUCUGUAAUAUGGCUCUCAGCGUGCUGCCAGACCCUGAGCUCAACUACCAGGCCUACUGCACCCGGGCCAAGAUCAACGUGAUGGCUUACGUGAGGGACCUGGAGAGGUACAAGCAGGGAGAGGGAGGGAUCCCGGACAGACAGCAGCUGGCCGAAGCGAAGAGGGACCUUGACAAAGUCCUACACGUACACCCCUGCCUGAGGACACACAUGGAGAUGGCUCAGGUGCUGUACUACUCGGGUGUUGAUGCGCUUCAGGAAAGCCUGCUGGUGGACGAGGGAGCGGUGAACAGCGCCCUCGUGAGCAUAUCCCAGUCCCUGCAGCAGGAGCCGGGCCCCAGCCUCCCAGACCUCCACCUGCUCCGGGGCCGCUGCCUCCUCCUGAAGGGAGAGGAGCAGAACGCUGCAGACUGCUUCAAGAGAGCGAUGGAGCUGGAGAGGCCCGGGAGCGCUGACCCCACGGCUCUGCGCUGCCUGCUGGAGACUCUCCUGGCGCUGUUCGCCCAGGGAGGCCCCGAACCCGGCCCGGGGCCUGUGGUCACCCAGCUUGAAGAGUUGCUGCACAGGGCAGAACAGAGGUAUACCGAAAAGGUGGUGCAGGAUGAGCUGAGGCACCUGUAUCGCUCGCACACCGCUGAGGUCACAGAGCUGUCUCGAGCUCUGAUUAAAGCGGGACGGCUGGACCUCGUGAGGCGGCUCCUGGAGGCCUUACAGCCGAAGCUGCCCAGUAGAAAGAAAGGGCUUUUCAAGUCUUAUUCCAUCGCGUGAAUCAAGUGUAUUAUUCGCACCAUCCAUUCUUUCUUUCUUUCAUGUUUAUUUCGAAUAUGUAGACAAAACAAAAACUUUUUUUUUUUGCAAAAAACAACAACAAUAAAGCCAUUCAAGAAUGAAUAACAAAAACAAAAAUAAUGAUAGUAAUAGUAAAAAUAAAAAGCUAAAAGAAACAAGAAAUAAAAAUAAACAUUAAUGUAAACAUAUCCGAAAAGGAGUGAGAAGAAGUAAAAACGUAUGUACUCCCACCCCUCUUAUUACUUACUCUGUAUGUUUAUUAAUAAUAAUAAUAAUAAUAAUAAUGAUAAUAAUAAUAAUAAAUGUAUAUAAUAGGGCUGUCAAGCGAUUAAAAUAUUUAAUCACGAUUAAUCGCAUUAAUGCCAUAGUUAACUCACGAUUAAUCGCGAUUAAUUGUAAAAAAAAAUUCUA